AUGGUACUUGAUGCUCAACCAUGCAUUAAUGCACAUCCUCCACAAACUUAUUUACAUCUUUAUAUGAAACAAAAAAAACUUCAACUAGAAGAAGAACGUACAGCAAUAAUUGAACAUGAUAAUCUUAUAGUAUUAGAAAAAAUGGCACAUAUUAUGAAAACAAUUGGAUCUGCUGAUAAUCGAAAACCUCGACAAGAAUUAUUAAAAGUUUCAAAAGAAAAUGCAACCAUGAUGAAAAGACUUAUAAAACGAAAACUUGAUAUUAAUCGAGAAAAUUGGAAAGAUAUUUGGGCAAAAAAUACAGUCUAUUUUGCUAAUAUUGCUAAAUAUGAUCUUGAUUGGUUUGUUUCGAAAGUAAACAAAAUAAUUUAUUUUUAA